AUGGCGGUCCGACCACCACCAUCGGCCGCGAAAGGCUCAAGAAGCAAUCCUAAAGCCCGCAAAUCCGCCACGGCAGGCCCCUCGACUUUAAAGUCCAAAGUCUCCAAACGCCCAUCUUCGAAACAGGUCAAGACGAAACCAGGCGUGCAUUCCCAGACCCUCAAGGCCUCCUCUGGCGCCAAGCCGUCCAAACGCCGACAAAAGACGUACACGGACAAGGAGCUGAAGCUACCGGCGUUGAACAUGAUCACCCCGGUCGGCGUGGAAAAGCCGCGAGGCAAGAAGAAGGGCAAGGUGUUUGUGGACGACAAGGAGGGUAUGAUGACGAUCCUGGCCUUGGUGAAUGCAGAGAAGGAGGGGCAGAUCGAGAGCAAGAUGAUCAAGGCGAGGCAGCUGGAAGAAAUUCGAGAAGCCCGAAGGAUGGAGAUGGAAAAGAAGAAAGAGAAGAAGCAGGCAGAAUUGGAUCAAGUCAAAAAGGACUUGAAGAAGGGAAAGAAGAGAUACGAUGCGCCGCGCGAGAAUGGGCCAGAGGUUGACAAGCAGAAGGCCGACGGAAGGAAGAACGGGAAGCCAAAGAAACGAGUGUCCUUUGCGUGA